AUGAUUUUUAGGAAUUUGGUUCGUUACAAUUCUGAUUUCGUUGAAGUGUUUGUGACUGAUUUACCUUCUAUUAGUGAAAGCGUGGUGAGUAAUACAGUGUGUGAGGAUUCUAGUACCAUGCUUGAGGAGAAUGAUUAUUUGGGGUGUUAUAGGGCAGAGGCACCGAAGAGUUAUAUGACGAAAGGUUGGGAGAGUUAUAUUUAUUCUGAAGGCCAAAAGUUUGAGGGUGGGGUUGUUGAGUUUAGAGAUAAGCUGCGUAAGUAUGCCAUAGAAAUUGGUUUUUCAUAUGAGUUUGUUAGAAAUGACAAGGUUCGUGUUAUUGCUCAGUGUUCUAAGAAACAUUCUCAGGGCUGCAAUUGGCUUGUGAAGGCUUAUUUAUGCAGGGUUAAUGGUUUCUUUAUGAUUAAAAGGUUGGUUAAUGUUCACACUUGUCAUGGUGUGAUUCGUUUACAGAAGAGUAAGAUGAUGGGAUCCAAGGUUGUCAAGUCUAUUGUGCUUGAUAAGAUUCGUGCGAAUCCAAACAAAAAGCCAAUUGAUAUAGCUGAUGAGAUCAAGAGUGAUUAUGGUUUGGAUGUUCCUUAUCGUACAGUUUGGUAUGGUACGGAGUUGGCAAAAACAGCCCUGCAUGGUGAUGAAGCUGAGUCUUAUGCUCAGCUACUUUGGUUCAGUGAGUCUGUUAUGAAGUCAAACCCCGACUCUAGGAUAGUGGUUGAGUUUCAUCGAGAAACACACAGGUUUCAGCGUAUGUUUGUGACCUAUGGUGCAUGGAUGAAGGGUUUCCCAUUUUGUAGACCUAUUCUUUUCAUUGAUGCUACAUUCAUUACCAACAAGUACAAGGGGCAGAUUAUUGCUGCAUCGGCAAAGGAUGCCAAUCAAGGCUUGUAUCCAGUUGCUUAUGCUAUUGUCGAUUCUGAAAAUGAGAGUAAUUGGAGAUUUUUUCUUGAGGUUUUGGCUGAAGAGUUUGCAAAACACCCUAUGAGGAGGGUGACGUUCAUUUCUGAUCGUCAUGUUGGGCUUGUUAGUGCUUUCCCUAGGGUGUUUCCCAAUAAUCCACAUGGGUUUUGUUUUAGACAUUUGAUGGCUAACCUUUCUGACAAAUUUCCAGCUGGUUCUUACCUUAAGAAUCGGAUUCCUUACUUGUUUAUGUGUUGUGCUUAUUCUCGCACACCAGAGAUGUAUGAGUUCAACAUGGAAAUCUUGAGGAGUGAAGGUGGCAACAUAGUUGCUCAAUUUCUGGAGGAUCUUCCCAAGGAGAACUGGUGUAUGGCUUACAUUAACGGCGAAAGAUUUGGUGAAAUGACAAAUAACUUGGCUGAGUCUUUCAAUAAUUGGGUGUUGCCUUUGAAGAGUCUUCCUAUUCUUGAUAUUAAUGAUGGGAUUAGAGUGAAGUCCAUGGCUUCAAUUGCUGCUCGGAAGCAGGAUGCUUAA